AUAAGUAUUUAGUAGUAAGUCCAUGUACUUCGUUAUGUUUACCUAUGGAUAUAAAUAAUAUUACUGAGGUCAUACCCGUGCAGACAAAUUGCCGUUUUUAUUACCUUCUAUUUAGUAUGCUAACUAACAAUAAGCGAUAAAAGUUGACGCAAGAAUAUCUUUGUCUGUGGUCAGAUUAAUCGAGUGGCGUUUAUUUUUUAUAAUAAAUAUCGUAUAAACAAUAACUUAAUAAGUUAAUCCCCUCCCCGUGCAAACUCCGACCGCAUCGUAUUGGCUCAAAUAAAAUAGGCUGAGGGUGUAUGAAAGGAACACGCGUAUCUACUCAUACAUCUGUCUCUUUUACUCGAGAAAAGUCGUCGCCUACGAAUGUAGAAUACAAUAUCGAUGUUUGGGGCAUAAAAAUUGACAGAUUUUUUGUUCAGUGUAUUGCAAGGAGCACGGAGAAGCGGUCACACCGCUCCCGGCCACCGCAACGAAGGGUUGUCCCAAAAAGUGUUUACUCUUAAUACAAUCACUUUUUACCGUUUUAAUUACGCGACAUUAAGAUAUCGUAGUGAAUCCAAUGUGUACAAGUUUUUAUAGUGCCUUGUGGUUUUGACGAAAUCCGAUUGUUCAAGACAGGCAUGCUGAGCUGCGCGCCGCCCGCCGGCAUGCCGCCCGCCCACGCCCCGCACGCGCAACCUUGGGCCGCACUGCUGCAACCGCCUCCGAUAGUGAAAUCUGAACCCAUGGAAGAGGGUACGUUCUCGAAGGAACAGACGAGCGGUUUCUACUCUGACGGUUUCCACAGUGCGUCCCCUUCUUCUUCCAGCAAGGAUUCGAACGGGCACUCUCCUCGCAGCGUUGGCAGUGGCGGUGAACCUUUGCCGUUUUAUGAUAACAUGCCCCUGAAAGCAAAAGCCAAUCUCGGUAUGCAUUUAGAAUCCUAUCGUAGCGGAGUCCCCUACAGCUUACUUACGCCUCCCGGUUUCGAAACCCGAAGUGCUGAAGGACGUGAUGCUUCGCCAGGAUAUUCGUCUCAAUAUUCGCCUAGAAAUCUCGCGCCACCGAUGCAUGUGUCGACGCCUCUGAUGCGUGCCGAUGCGACGCCGCCAAAAUCUCCGCCCGAAACACCAUCGUCUCCCGACAGAGGACAGGAGCAUAAGUCAUUCGAACAUUUCCAUGAUUCCGGGUUCGACGGCGCGCCGCAAGGCAUGAAACAUGAUGGCGAUGAUGGCCGAGAAGGCUCUGGUUUAGAAGAAGAUUUUGAUGAAGAGCCUGGACUUAGGGUGCCCGCUGUAAACUCUCACGGAAAAGUUAAAACAUUCAAGUGUAAACAGUGUGAGUUUGUUGCGGUAACCAAACUCAGUUUCUGGGAACAUAGUAAAGAGCAUAUCAAACCAGAAAAAAUGCUAUGUUGCAGAAAAUGUCCGUUUGUGACUGAAUACAAACAUCAUCUCGAAUACCACAUGAGAAACCACCUUGGUUCGAAGCCAUUCCAAUGCAGUCAAUGUUCAUAUUCGUGCGUUAACAAGUCCAUGCUCAACUCCCAUCUCAAGUCUCACUCGAAUGUAUACCAGUACAGAUGCGCUGAUUGCAAUUACGCUACCAAAUAUUGUCAUUCUCUAAAACUACACUUGCGCAAGUAUCAACACAAUCCGGCUAUGGUUUUAAACAUGGACGGUACACCAAAUCCUUUGCCAAUCAUUGACGUGUAUGGAACUCGUCGGGGACCGAAGCAAAAACCGAUGUCGAAAAUGUUUGAUCAACAAGCUUCUAUAAACAACAAUAAUCAGCCUCCCUGUGCUCCUCAGUCACAUUCUUUAUUCGGAGCCGCUCAUUUCCCUGUUAAUUUGCCUUAUUUACCUCCUCUUCUACCUCAUUCUUUCUUAUUUCCACCGAAUAACAACUAUGAAACAAGGACAUCGCCCAAAUCAGCAGGCAUUUCGCCGACUGAAAAGCGUCCGCCGUCACCACUUCCUUCAAUCUUGCAUCAACGUCUUUCUUACGGGGAGUCAAAUUUAGAUGUUCGAAUGACAACCCCACCUGCCAGGUCUCCAGACGGUUUACCGCAAACACCCAUAGUAGAUCCAACCACCUCUACUUGUCAAAGUAACGACGCACUCGAUCUCACAAAUGCAAAAACAACCGAAACUGAAUCGCCGCCUCCAGCUGAGCAGCCAACGCCCAUCACUCCUACCACGGCUUUGAAAAACAGGAGAAAAGGGCGCGCUUUCAAACUGCAGCCUGCGGCGCUGCGGCUGCAGCAUGAGGACGAGCGCCGCGCCGCGCCGCCCUCCGACUCUGAGUCGGACACCUCGACCGACGCGGCGCCCGCGCCAACGCCCGCGCGUGCCCCCGCCUACAGCUGCCACUACUGCGACAUCACCUUCGGGGACCUCACAAUGCACACCAUCCACAUGGGUUUUCAUGGCUACAACGAUCCCUUCAUGUGCAAUAAGUGCGGCGAGCGCAGCGCCGAUCGUGUGGCAUUUUUCAUUCACUUGGGCCGAGCACAACACGCAUAAGAAAUAGAUUAUAUUAUUUCCUCCUAGUCCACGAUUUCAUGUAACACUUGUAGCGAUUAGAUAUAUUUCAAAUUAUAUAUAAAUUAUUCUUAGUAUUGUAAUGAAGGUAUUAUGGGUUGUAAAUCAAUAGGAAAUUUGUAUAGAUAUAAAACCAAAGAUAAAUAAUAUACUUACGGAUUUCAAAUAAGGCAACGUGUAGGAACAUAUGUACAAUUCUUAUUUCUCAUUAUUUGAACUGGUAAGGUGAGGAGGGCGAAGUGCGCCAUGUCGUCUAAGUGCGCCUACUUUUAAUAUACCGAUAACUGCUUAUAGAAUACUAGUAAUAUUACUAGUAUUAUAUUUAAACCAGUUUUCAUUAAAUUAAAGGAAGGCGCAAUUUGCCCCCCUCACCUUACGACGAUAAAUAAAGAAUAGCUGUACCUAAUAAAUGUUCCGUAAAAUCUAAGUACUCAUAUUAAUGUGCUUGCAAUGGUAGAUAGGUAGGUAUUAGGUAUUACAAAACCUAAACAAACAGAGCAUAGCUGUAGAGUUACGUAAAACCCUGUGUUAUAAUAUUUAGUUUAGUUAGGAUAUGAUAUAGAUUUUAAUUCGAGUAGAAUCUAGAGUGACCAAUUUGUAAACAAGACUGUAAUCUUGGUUAAGUACAAAACGAAAUAGCAUUAUUAUCAAUGUGCAUGUUUUAUGCAUUACUUUAACUUACAUUUAAAUGUGUAUAAAUGUACAUUUGCGGUAAAGUUACCUAUUAGACGCAUACAACUUAGCGUUUUUAGGAUGCUCUGAAGUACAUACUUGUGUGUAAAUUAUUUAUCCAAGUACCUACGUAAUUUAAUAUUAAUUACUUAAUUAUAUCUGCAUGUACGGAAAUUACCGUGACAAAUUGUACCUAUUUAUAUUAACUUGAAAAGAGUCUAUUUAAUUUAUUUAUCCUCAUUAAUUUUAUCUCGUUUAAAAUGUGGUUAAAAAAACGGUGGCUGCAAAAUGUCCUGUUUUACAUUGUAUGACAGUGUUUUGCAUUGUAUUCAUUGUAUAUUAUUAAUAUAAUACCUAGGACAGCUUUUGCUUUAGAGUCACUAACGACAUGUAAUUAUGACUUGAUAAUAAAUGGAUAGCUGUUCGGUUUAACGCCCCGCGUCGCUCAUGGGCCUGACGAGCGUCGAAGGGAAUGGAGCGACAGCGGGCGCGGAUGAGCCUAAUAUAUUGAAUCUUAUAUAUAAUGUCCACGCAUUUUUUGUGUAUAUUUGACACAAAUUUAUUUGUUUUGUGUUGUAUGGGAACUUUUGUUUGUGUGCCGUAAAUAUGUAUUAAUAAAAUAAACAUGUUUUGUCGA